AUGGACGAAACUCAACCUCUUCUCCCCGAAAUCAUCACCAACCAGCAACCGAAACACCACGACAAACAUGUCGUCGACUUCGAUCCCGCCGGCGACAGCGAGAACCCUCAAGACUGGCCCCAAGCCUACAAAUGGGGCAUCGUCGCCUUACUCGCCUUCAUGGCCUUCACAGUAACAUUCACAUGUAUAUCCGUGGUCCCCGUCGCCAACAGGAUCGUCACCGACCUUUCCGGCGGCCACUCCAGCAAAUCCGCGAGCGUGUUGCUCGUCACGAUCUGGGAACUUGGCGAGGCGGGCGGUCCCCUCUUGAUCGCACCACUGUCCGAACUCUUCGGGCGCUAUCCUGUCAUGAACGCGGCCAACAUUGGCUUCAUAUCCGCAACGGUCCUGGCCGCCCUGUGCCAGAGCACCCCUCUGUUCAUCGCCGCACGUGCCCUGACCGGUCUGGCCGUCGCGUCCAACGUGCUCAACCCGGCCAUCGUGGGCGACAUGUUCAUCUCGGAACAGCGCGGCUCGGCCAUGAGCGCCAUCAUGCUCGCGCCGCUCAUCGGAGGGGCCAUCGGUCCGGCCAUCAGCGGCGCCAUCGCCCAGUCUCUCGGCUGGCGCCAGGUCGUGUGGAUGAGCGUCAUCCUGGCUUCCAUCUGCGAGGUCCUGUUCCUCACCUGCUUCCGCGAGACGUACAAGGUGCCCAUCCUCCGACGGAAAGCCGCGAAAUUGCGACAGGAAACCGGCAACAUGUCACUCCGCACGGCGUUCGACAUCGACGACGAUGGCAAGUCGAGUUCGAAAACGACCAAAAGGAAAACGCGAUCAAAAACACAAUUCUGGGAAUCCAUCAUGCGGCCCAUCGUCGUCUUCGCCGACUCGAGCGUGCUCCAGGCCCUCGCGCUGUACGGCAGCCUGACCUUCUCGUACUUCUACAUGAUGAGCACGACCUUGCCAGAUAUAUUGCAGGGCAUAUACCACCUCUCACCGGCGCUGACAGGCUCGUCAUUUAUUGUCUUCAGUAUCGGCUCCGCCAUCAGCGUCGUGAUCUGCAACCUCCUCCUCGACCGGAUCUACAUCCGCCUCCGCGACUCACCGCACAACAAGAAGGCCAGCGGGGGCACCGAACAACCCGAACACCGCCUCCCGCUCGUGAUCGUCGGCGCCUUCACCAUGCCGUUCGUGGUGGCCUGCUACGGCUGGAUCCCGGCCCUACAACUCCCGCUGCCCGUGUUGCUGGUCUGUGUCGGCGCGCUGGGCACGACGCUCUUGCUCGGCUUCUUGCCGCUGAUGGCGUACGUGGUCGACGCGUUUCAGUUGUACUCGGCCUCGGCCAUGACCGCCGUCAUUGUCAUGAGAUGCCUGAUCGCCACCUUCUUGCCGCUGGUCUCGGAACCUCUGGUGCGCACGCUCGGCUGGGGUUGGGGCUUCACCGUGCUGGCGGGCGUGAGUCUGUGUUGUGCGCCGAUCCCCGUGUUGGUCUUCAGGUACGGCUCGAAAUGGCGGCAGCGGUCGAAAUAUACGCGUCAAGAGUAG